GAUCAUCUCAAAUUCCAAGCCUAUAUAUGCAUAGAGUAAAUUAGGGAGAGGAAUGGCGGCGCUGAGGCGAGGUCUGGUGGCGGUGGGGGUGAGAGAGGGGAGUUGGAAUGCGGUUAUCGCGACGUUGAUUUCACCCGACGCCUAUUCCGAGUCGGCUCCGUCGCCAUCGUCGGUUAAAUACGAUGUGGCUAAUCCGGUGCUGAUUGACAACUCAGUUGAUUCAGCCGCCACUGAGAUUAAGAUAGCACCAACUCUGCUUCAGCCGCGCGUCGUCGUGUACGAUGGCGUCUGCCACCUUUGCCACGGCGGAGUGAAGUGGGUUAUUGAGGCUGACAAAGAUAAGAAAAUCAAGUUCUGUUGUCUGCAGUCAAGAGCUGCUGAGCCCUACUUCAGUGUUAGUGGACUGCAACGAGAACAUGUUCUUCGUCGCUUCCUGUUUGUUGAGGGACCUGGGUCAUACCACCAAGGCUCUGCUGCUGUUUUGAGGGUUUUAUCAUAUUUGCCCCAGCCUUAUUCUGCAUUAAGUGCUCUGAUGAUUAUUCCUGCUCCUCUGAGGGAUGCCGUUUAUGAUUAUGUGGCAAAACGGCGCUAUGAAUGGUUUGGUAAAGAUGAUGAUUGCUUAGUCCUCAAGGAGAAGGAGUUGUUGGACCGCUUCAUUGAUAGGGAAGAAUUAAUGCAACGCACCCACUCCCACAGAAAAUCAUGAUAAGGGUGCAGCAAUCAUCUCAUCGGACUAGUUCGCUAGUAUAAAUGGUUCCAAAUUUGUCUCUAAGACUGAAAAGAUGAUUCUUCAGCGUGAAGACUGUAAAUAGGAUCUCUCUUCACCAGACCAUAAUUUAAACUAGUUGCAUGUUUUCACUUUGACAUGGAAAUUGCACAAUUAUAGAAGGCAAUUGAAAUUACAGUGUGGGUCGACAUAUGCUGUUAAUUUUCCACUGCUUCAUCUCUUCGGUCUCAUAUUUAUUUGAUUACUAUUGUACCGGUUGAUGAA